AGACCGCUUUCUGACCCGGCUGGCUCGGUGGUGGCGAUGUUUGCCGGAGCAGCGAGAAGCGCCAUGGUGGUGCGGGUGGGAGGGGUGGAGCCACCCAGUCCGGUCUCAAUUUAGAUCUCUCACUCCGCUUCUAGGCGCGCCCAUUUCAGACGGUUCUGCUCGAGUCAGGGAGGGGAAAAAAAAAAAAAAAAAAUCAGGGAGGAGGUGGAAGCCACACCCCGCAGUGCCCGCGGAUUUCCCCAGGAGCCCACGGCUGUCCAGGCAGACUCUGCGGAGAUGCGGGGCCCACAGCUCCUGACCGCCGCCCGCCUGCUCUGCGCGUGGACCGUGUGGACCGCCGCGCUGGCCGCGGCCCCCGGGCCCACGUUUCUGUUGACAGUUCCUGGAAGCAUCAGGCCUGGAGGAAAUGUUACUGUUGGGGUGCAUCUCACGGAGCACAGCCCCUCACCGGUCACUGUGAAGGCAGAGGUGGUCAAGAUGGCAGCAAACAGCACCAUCUCUCUUCUGGCAGCAGAAGGAGUCUUUGAAAAAGGCUCUUUCAACAGACUUAUUCUUCCAUCCUUACCUAUGGACAGUGUAAAUGAUAUCUAUGAGCUCCAUGUAACUGGACAUGCACCGAAUGAGCUUUUAUUCUCUAAUAGUACACGCUUAUCAUUUGACAGCAAGAGAAUGACGGUCUUCAUUCAAACAGACAAAACCGUGUACAAGCCAAAGCAAGAAGUGAAGUUUCGUGUUGUUACACUCUUCUCAGAUUUCAAACCUUCCAAAACCCCUGUAAACAUUCAAAUUAUGGACCCCAAGUACAAUUUGAUCCAACAGUGGUUGUCAGAAAAAGGUAACCUUGGAGUCAUUUCAAAAACUUUUCAAUUAUCUUCCCAUCCAAUGCUUGGUGAAUGGUUCAUUAGAGCUCAAGUCAAUAAGCAGUCAUAUCAUCUGUUAUUCCAAGUUGCAGAAUAUGUAUUACCAAAGUGGGAAGUUGCUCUGCAGACACCAUUAUAUUAUCGUGUGAAUUCUAAGAGUUUAAAUGGUGCUGUCACAGCAAAGUAUACAUAUGGGAAGCCUGUGAAAGGAAACCUAACACUUACAUUUUCACCUUUAUCUUUUUGGGGCACGAAGAAAAACAUUACAAAAACAUUUGAGAUAAGUGGAUCUGCAAACUUCUCUUUUAAUGAUGAAGAGAUUAAAAAGGUAAUGGAUUUUUCAGAUGGGCUUUCUGAACACAAAUCUUUGCCACCCCCUGGGCCGGUAUCAAUUGUAGCCACGGUGACAGAAUCACUUACAGGUAUCUCAAGAAAUGCAAGCUCCCAUGUAUUUUUCAAGCAGCAUGAGUACAACAUUGAUUUCUUUGGUUAUGCUACUAUCUUGAAGCCAUCUCUCAACUACACAGCCACUGUGAAGGUAACACGUUUUGAUGACAAGCAACUGAGUCUUGAAGAAAGAAUGAAUAAUGUAACGAUAAUGGUGACACAGAGAAACUCUACAGAGCACGGGAGGACAUGGGAAAGUAGAAAUCAGGAAAUAGAAGUUUCCCAGAUCCUAAACUAUUCCAUCCCGGAGAAUGGAAUCUUUAAGAUUGAAUUCCCAAUCCUGGCCAGUUCCACUAAGCUACAAUUAAAGGCCGUUUUUUUAAAUAGUGAGAAUUACCUGUUGGUUAACGGUGUAUUUAAGUCUCCUAGUAAAACAUACAUCCAGCUAAAAACAAGAGAUGAAAAUAUAAAGGUGGGAUUACCUUUUGAGUUGGUGGUUAGAGGCAACAAGCAAUUGAAGGAGUUCAGCUACAUGGUAAUAGCCAAGGGACAGUUGAUGGCUGUGGGCAAGCAAAAUUCAACAACCUUCUCUUUAAUACCAGAAAAUUCUUGGGCUCCAAAAGCCUGUAUCAUUGUGUAUUAUAUUGAAGAUGAUGGGGAAAUUAUAAAUGAUGUUCUAAAAAUUCCUAUUCAACUUGAUUUAAAAAAUAAGAUAAACCUAUUUUGGAGUAAACCUGUUGCUACGCCAUCUGAGAAAGUCUCUCUGAGGAUCUCUGUGACAGAGCCCCAGUCGAUAAUGGGGAUUUUAGCUGUUGACAAAAGUGUGUACCUGAUGAAGGCCUCAAAUGAUAUUAUAAUGGAAAAUGUGGUCCAGGAUUUGGAACUUUAUAACAGGGGAUAUUAUUUAGGCAUGUUCAUGAAUUCUUUUGCAGUCUUUCAGGAAUGUGGCCUCUGGGUAUUGACGGAUGCCAGCCUUAGGAAGGAUUCCAUUGAUGGUGUUUAUGACGGUAUAUUUGAUGAGGUGUACAACGGGAGAAAUGAUGGAAAUAUGGGAGAUUCCUAUGACUUUGAUUCAAUUGACAAUCCACGUGUCAGAAAAGAUUUUCCAGAGACUUGGAUUUGGCUAGACACCAACAUGGGUUCCAAGAUUUACCAAGAAUUUGAAGUUACUGUACCUGAUUCUAUCACUUCUUGGGUAGCUACUGGUUUUGUGGUCUCUGAGGACUUGGGUUUUGGACUAACACCUGCUCCAGUGGAGCUGCAAGUCUUUCAGCCAUUUUUCAUUUUUUUGAAUCUUCCCUACUCUGUGAUCAGAGGGGAAGAAUUUGCUUUGGAAGUAACCAUAUUCAAUUAUUUGAAAGAUCCCACUGAGGUUAAUGUGACCAUUAAGGAAAGUGACAAAUAUGAUAUUCUAAUUGCUUCAAAUAAAGUCAAUGUCACAGGGUAUCAGCAGACCAUUGUGGUCCCCAGUGAGGAUGGGGUGACUGUUACCUUCCCAGUCAAUCCAAAACAUCUGGGGGAAAUUCCUAUCACAGUCAUAGCUACUUCACCUGCUGCUUCUGAUGCUGUCACCCAGAACGUUUUAGUGAAGGGAGAAGGAAUAGAAAAAAUAUAUUCACAAUCUGUCUUGUUGGAAUUGAAUGACAAGCUGCAAACUACACAGAAAACAUUGAGUUUCUCCUUUCCUCCCAAUACAGUGGAAGGCAGUGAAAGAGUUCAGAUCACUGUUGUUGGAGAUAUUCUUGGCCCUUCCAUCCAUGGCUUAACCUCAUUGAUUCAGAUGCCUUAUGGUUGUGGUGAACAGAACAUGAUAAGCUUUGCUCCAAAUAUUUAUGUUUUGGAUUAUCUAACUAAAAAGAAACAACUGACAGAGAGUUUAAAAGAAAAAGCCCUUUCAUUUAUGAGACAAGGUUACCAGAGAGAACUUCUCUUUCAAAGGGAUGAUGGCUCUUUCAGUGCUUUUGGGAAUGAUGACCAUUCCGGGAGCACUUGGUUGUCAGCCUUUGUUUUACGAUGUUUCCUUGAAGCUGAUUCUUAUAUAGAUAUUGAUAAGAAUGUGUUACACAGAACAUAUAAAUGGCUCAAAGGACAUCAGAAAUCCAAUGGUGAAUUUUGGGAGCCAGGAAGAGUGAUCCACAGGGAGCUUCAAGGUGGCAAUAAAAGUCCAGUAACGCUUACAGCCUAUAUUGUGACUUCUCUCCUGGGAUACAGAAAGUAUCAGCCUAAUCUUGAUCUGAAGAAAUCUAUCAACUUUUUGGAGUCUGAAUUCCUCAGAGGAAUCUCAGACAAUUAUACUCUGGCUCUUACAACGUAUGCGCUGUCCCUUCUGGAGAGUCCUAAAGCCAAGGAAGCUUUGAAUAUCCUGACUCAGAGAGGAGAACAAGAAGGUGGCUCUCUAUUCUGGGUGUCAUCGGUGUCCGGACUUUCUGAGUCCUGGCAGUCCAGCUCGCUGGAUAUCCAAGUCUCAGCCUAUGCGCUGCUUUCACACAUUGUGCAGCAUCAGGUUGCUGAGGGAAUCCCGAUUAUGCGGUGGCUGAGCAGGCAAAGAAACAACUUGGGAGGUUUUGCAUCUACCCAGGACACCAUUGUGGCCUUGAAGGCCCUGUCUGAAUUUGCAGCCCUGAUGAACACAGAAAGGACAAAUAUGCAAGUGACCAUACUGGCGUCUGGUGUACGGAAACCUGUAAAGUUUCACGUUGACCCACAGAACCUAUUUUUCCUCCAGACGGCAGAGCUUGCUGUGACAGAUCCUAUCGAAGUUAAUAUUUCCGCAAAUGGUUUCGGAUUUGCUAUGUGUCAGCUAAAUGUUUUUUAUAAUGUGGAAGAGUCAGAGUCCUCCACAAGACAAACAUCAUUCCUAAUUAAACAAGCCUUUGACUUAGAUGUUAAUGUAAAAAAUAAUAAAGAUGAUAUCAAUCAUGUGGAUUUGGAUGUAUGCACAAGGUUUUUGGGCCCAGAAAGAAGUGGCAUGGCCCUCAUGGAAGUGAACCUGCUCAGCGGUUUCACGGUGCCUUCAGACAAAAUUCCGCUGAGCGAGAUGGUGAAGAAAGUGGAGUGGGAUCAGGGGAAACUCAACCUGUACUUGGAUUCUGUAAAUGAAAGCCAGUUCUGUGUUGCUAUCCCUACUGUGAGAAACUUUAAAGUUUCAAAUAUAAAAGAUGCUUCUGUGUCCAUAGUGGAUUACUAUGAACCAAGGAGAUGCGCGGUGAGAAGCUACAACUCCGAAGCGAAGCUGUCCUCCUGCGACCUCUGCGGGAACGUCGGGGGCUGCCACUGCGAGAGCGCCGCGCCGGCCUCCCUCCAUCGCCCUCCAGUCGUUUUUGUUUUCUGUGUCCUGCUUCUGUUCUCUUUGCAGCGUGGGCUGUGGCUUAACCUUUGAAGGGCUCCGUGGAACCCAUUUCCAGGUCACCUGUGAUUGUCUUAUUGUCAUAAUCCAAUGUUGCUUCUGACUAUUUUGUGAAACAAUUUUUUUUCUUUCUUUUUUGCGGGAUUGAGGGGGAUGCUGAACAGCAGGCCAUAGUAUGGAUGGCUGCAUAGAUUUCUUCACCUGCCUUCCGUGUGCAACAAAAUGGAGAAUGAUUGCAUCUGUAUAUCUUUAUUCCCCCCUCCCCCCCGCCCUUUGAGAGAUGUUAGGGUUUUGGAGGAGGUGUUGUUUUCUCCAGAAUAAAUGUGUCAUUUUAGA